UUGUGCCAUAUUUUUUUUCCACAUUUAUUCACAUUUGAUGAUUCGCCUAAUUCAUUCAUUCAUUCAUUCGUUCAUCACUUGUGACUCAAAUCGAACAUCUCAAAACAACAAUAAUAACAACAACAACAACAACAAAUACAUCCAGUCAAAAAUCAUUCACUCAUUCGGGUCAAUCCAAGUCAAAACAUUUCAUUUCAGUUUCAGUUUCAAUGUGUUGAAGAGAGAGAAAAAAAGUCAAAGUCAAGUUACCCCUUUGAAUUUGCAUCAUCUGUUUAUUAUUUUUAUUUUUUUUUUGAACAAUUUUUCAUCGUCGUUUUUUUUCGAUUGUUUAAUAAUUGAAAAAUAUUGUAUAGAAAAAAAAAUAUCGUCCGAUAUAGAAACACGCCGUCCAAUAAAAAUCGAACAUAAUGAAUGAUGAAAAUGUGGCCGAUUCAUCAGCCGCAGCCAGAAUAGCACCAACAUCAACAAUAAUGAUGAAUAAUGAUGAAAAGAUGGCCAUGAAUAUGAAUAUAACGAAUGAAGUAUAUCUAAAAUUUGGUAGACCAAUAUCAAAUGAAUGGUCAGAAUUUCCUGGGCUUCCAUUUGCCUUUGAAUUUGAAUCAAAUUUUAAUCGUGAUUAUCAUCGACAAUGGAUGUACGAUAAUUGGUAUAUAGCGAUAUAUGUAAGCAUCAUAUACAUAAUGGUUAUAUUUACUGGCCGUUGGUUGAUGACAAAUAGACAACCAUAUAGUCUACGUACGCCUAUGGCCUUAUGGAAUUUAGCUAUCGCUUUGUUUUCAUUGUUUGGCACAAUACGUUGUCUUCCGGAAUUCAUACACAUCAUUACGCAGGAAGGAAUAGAACAAUCAUUUUGUUCAAGUUCAUAUUAUCGUGAUGUACGAAUAACACUUUGGUAUUGGCUAUUUGUCUGGUCAAAAGUAAUUGAAUUAGGUGAUACAAUAUUCAUCAUAUUACGUAAACAGAAUCUAAUAUUUUUACAUUGGAUCCAUCAUGUAUUAACGUUAUCAUAUGCAUUUUUCGUUAUUGGUGAUGCACCCGGUACUGCACGUUGGAUGGUUUCAAUGAAUUUCACCAUACAUACAUCAAUGUAUACAUAUUAUACAUUGAAAGCUAUGCGUUUUCGUAUUUCACGUUUAAUUGCAAUGACAAUAACAAUAGCGCAAAUUACCCAAAUGAUAUUUGGCCUAUACAUCAAUAUGAAAGCCUAUUUAAUCAAACAAUCUGGACAAUCAUGUGAUACCUCAAUAUCCGCUUCACUAUGUGGCCUUUUCAUUUAUUUUCUUUUUUUCUUAUUAUUUAUCAAGUUCUUUGUAUUUUCAUAUUGUUCCAGAUUUCCAUUGAUUGGCUUACGUAAAUCAUUACGAACAACAACAACAAAAACAACAUCAAAUAUCAAAAAUAAUAGUAUCAUUACAAACAAUAGCCAUUCAACAAACAUUAGCAAUAGUAAUAAUGUUCGAUCGAUGAAAAAACAUGUUGAUUAAUCCAUAAAUUCUUCCUUUGUUUGUUUGUUUGUUUGUUUGUUUAUUUGUUUGUUUGUUUUUCUUUGUCUUUUUGUCCAUCCAACAAAUCCAAUACCCAUAUAUCUCUUACCAUCUACCUACUAUUCACAAUUUUUAAUUAAAAA